AUGCCUUGUUUAUAUAUCUGUGGUGAAUGUGGUGCUGAGCACGAAAUCAAACCAAAAGAACCAGUAAAAUGCAAAGAUUGCACUCAUCGUAUUAUGUACAAAAAGAGAACCGAUAAAAUGAUUCAAUUCGAAGCAAGAUAA